GAUUGGGUGAGAGACGUCGGCUGGGCUCCUUCUAUCGGUCUUCCCACCAGCACCAUCGCCAGCUGCUCCCAGGACGGUCGCGUGUUUAUCUGGACGUGUGACGAUCCCGCAGGAAACACCUGGACGGCCAAACUGCUCCAUAAGUUCAAUGACGUCGUUUGGCACGUGAGCUGGUCUAUAACUGGAAAUAUACUGGCUGUUUCUGGAGGAGACAACAAGGUGACGCUGUGGAAGGAGUCGAUGGACGGUCAGUGGGCGUGUAUCAGUGACGUCAGCAAGGGCCAGGGAGCCGUCUCCACCAUCACAGACACGCAGCAGAGCGAGCAGUGACGCACACACACACACACACAGAGAUAACGACGACCCCCCGAUCUACGAAGAUGAAUUAAGCGUUAAUUAACACGACGGACAUUCGAACAAACAGAACAUCGUCCAGACAGAUUGAGCUCGUGUCUCCUUUCUGUUUGAUAACAACAGUUUGAGUUCAGCUGUCAGAUUCCUGUUUUCCCCAAAUUUUUAUCAGCAGUGAAACAAAGCUGCCGGAGAAUCUCCACAGAUACAAACACGACAGCACUCCACCGCCUCUCGCUUCCACAUGUACAUAAACAUUGGUCCAAAUAUAACUUAGUACUCACCCCGAACCCCCCCAUCCCAUCCUACCCAUGAUGCUCUGCUCCUGAAACAUUCCACCUCCACCAGCGGAGAACAAACCCGGGACGACUCCGACAUCGACUCCUUUUUAUUUCAACCCAAACCGCUAAUUUAAAAAAAACAAAACAAAACAACCUUUAUUUUGAGCAGGAGACAGUUGACUGUCAGCUGUUUGGUGCAAAACUUAACACUUAACAACAACAACAACAACAACAAUAAUUAGUGAAUGAAUGAUUUAUUUAGUGAUCUAUUGACGAGUACACAAACUACAGUGUCAGCAGAACAUGCCUUAAUUAAUCCGCCGCUGCGUUGCUAUGGCAGCCCGAAGUGAGUAAAUCAGUGCGUUGCCAAGACAACCGUGAAUGAGGUGUAACUGCAAACAGUUUGAGUGUUUUUUUUUUUUUCAGAUCAGAAACCAUGGAUGUGUUUUUCAUAUUUGAUGUAAUUAAACUAUAAUGUUGAAAAUGUG